GCUGCUCAUCAAGAAAUACCACAAGCUGGCACAGCGCUCGCUAGCACUUAUAUAAGGAUGGUGUAAUGUAGAGAAUUGUACAAAAGCUUCCGGGUAUACAUGGGAGCCAUGCUCGGUAGCUACAAUAUAAUGCAGUGAAGACUGUGACAAAGAAUGCAGGCUCCCAUGGCAGACAGCCACCAGGAGCCACCACCUCCGGGUGUUCUCGCAUAUCCAUCCCCAAGGCUGCAAAAUGUAACUGCCGCUUCUUAUGCACCACAGGUGUAUCCUCAGCCAGCUAGCAACGUCAUCACUCUUAUUGUGAAGCAUGUGCCGACGAAUGUUGAGCCCAGCACAAUGGAAGAGGUUUUCAGAUGCGUUGGGGCAGUCGCUGUGCGUGCGAGCAAUGUGGAGGGGAAGCUGAGGGGGGUGGUCUUUGUGGACUUUCGAGACGCGGGCGUUGCGGCAAGGGCGAAGGAUCAGUUGCAUGGGUUGAAGAUUCUCAACAAGACGUUGGCAGCAGACUUUGCCCGGCCCCAAUCAGUGCCACAGCCCCCACCUCCGAAGCCGCCACCUGACCCCGCUACUUCAGGAGCGCGGGCGCCAGCAGAAUCUCUCUCAAAGCUGCCGUCUGGGUCAAUUAGUGGAACACAAAUGGCGCCCCCACAUGGUCCAUCAGUCAGAGCCCCUCCGCCUGAGAGCAUCGCUUCAGCCCUCAAUCUGGACUACCCCUUUCCUCCUCAUCUCAGGUACCGGUACCCCCCUCCUGAUGCUGGCGUGCUCGGUAACAUCCAAGCCGCCCUGAUCUCGGUCCCCCGCUUCUACACCCAGGUUCUCCACCUUAUGAACAAGAUGAACCUCCCCCCGCCCUUCGCCUCCGUCUUUCCCCCUCCGCCAUCGCAGCCAACCCCAGCCCCCGCUCCCAAACCAGUCGUACCUGCCCCCCCCACAUCCAUCCAUGCGGACGUCAGCAAAGGGAUCCCUUCUGGGCCAGCGGCCGUAGCCAUGCCCCCACAGUACCUAGCUGCCGCUCCAGUCCCACCAUCAACUGAAACUGCCCACUUGCCACCAAAUGAGCGCCCUGCUAAUGUCAGCGGGAGCGGGGAGUCAAAAUCGGAGUCGGAGUCGGAACUAGAGUCGGAAGAAGACGGCGAGGUCCCGCAGACAGCAUUAGGGAAGCGUAAGAAGGACCGGCCUGUUGAGCACCGGAAGAAGCGGCGAAGGAGUAGCGGAGCGACGGGGACCUUUGAGACGGCCGGGGUGCGGGAUGUUCCACUUGAAGCGGCUGGGCCACGGGAGGUGCGACCGCAGGUCAAGAAGGCGACCAUGCAGAUCAAGUUGGACGUUUCGUCCAUCAAAGCCCGCACAGCCAAGCUGCCGGUACCCCGAGUUGUCAAGCCCUCCGCGAAUCCACCAAGUUCCAUAUCGGCCGCCCCUGACUCUAUAGAAGCAGCACAGCCGGCGCCCGCAAGGAGAGAAGAGUUGAAAGCCGGCCAGGCGCCUCAGGAGGAUCUCCUAGCCAAUCCGGCGUUCAAGAACUACGCGCCCGGGGAGGCGACUCCGGUGCUGUACGUCAAAAAUAUUGCGAAAGACGUCACAGUCACCGACAUGCAGCACGUCUUCGGUGGUUUCUUGAGCGCUGGCGACACCGCGGCAGGCGCGAUCCGCCUGAUGCAGGAAGGGCGAAUGAAAGGACAAGCAUUCGUUACAUUGCCUGACGCGUUACUUGCAGAGGAAGCCAUGGGUUACACACAUGGUUACCUUCUGAAGGGGAAGCCGUUGAUCGUCCAGUAUGGCCGGAAACCAAAAGCCAAAUGAAGAUGCGCAUUAGUCAGUACCUGUUGGCUUUUCCAAGCCAGGGUAAUAGGCCUGUAAAGUGUACGUGUAACCCGAUGAUGCUUGCAGCUGGGGAUGCGUCAAUGAAGUUACGUUGGAAUCCAGAUCUUUGGUGUGGGUACUGGCCCACGGUUUCUUGACCCCCUGUGCAAGUUCAACUAGCACGAAAGCAACCUUGGGCACAAGGUUUGAGCACAACGGGUCACCGUAACUCAAGCCGUCGCAUCAGCCAUCAAAGGGGCUCCAUGUAGCGCUCCUUGCACGUGGCGCCCUGUCAAGGUCUCGUACUAAAUUGGGUGGAACCUCCGUCCCGGCUCCUCAGGACCCCCACUCAAGGGCCGCAUUUCAAGGGCUAGAGCUUGAAACUUUGAGUCCAGUGAACUCCCGACUGUGAAAGUAACUCGCUUGCGGCUCUUCUCGAGCUGAGUUGGCAAGCAUUCAACGAUGACAUCAGUCGGACAACACUCGUAAAUUCUGACACCUUCAGUGUGACCAUGAUGAAAGUGCAC